CGAUAAUUUGACAGGUAUGCAUAACUAUUUUCAAAAAUUUAUCAGCGUAGGACACAAAACAAACGAUGCGCAUGCUCACUUUGAUUGAUAUGGGGUUUGAUAUGAAACAACCACGCAUGUAAACACACUCAAUUUAAUGCGAUUUUUAUGAUUUCGAGAUAUAUAUAUAUAUUGGAUAAAUACAACCUUAAUGGCUCGAUUCAUCGCUAAUAAUGUUUAGAAAUCAUUAACCAAACUAUGCUCUAUCAUCAACGUCACAAAAUUACGAUACCUGUUGACAAAACCUACAAUGUGUUUACUAAUUAUUUUACAAACGUUGACAAUAUAUAUUUAUAAAAUUCUAUGUAUGACACGCCAAAUGUGAUUAAAACAAAACGUCAAAAUUCAGCCUUGGACCACCAAAUCUGAAAAAAAACCGCGGACGAGUUAUAUUCAUUUUGCAGCGGACAUGCAUGUUUUAAAGUUUCUGCUUCUUGUGGCUGUAUUUUGCGGUUCCUCAAACGCCAAACCUUGUCCAACCAAACAAUGUGUCUGUUUUCCUGCCGAAUCCGAUUCUUCUUUGAGAGUGCUUGACUGCCGAAGCAUUCCGAAGAUAUCCGAUCUUCAUAAUGGUAAAUCUACCAAUGAGUUAUUCUAUGAGGUAUUCUUUAGAAACUCAAAUUUAACAAACAUCCAAGAGGGGGACCUCUUUGGUAUUCGGACAAAGCGACUUGACUUCGGUAAUAACAACAACAUACAAAGCAUUCAUGCACGUGCAUUCUCAGGAUUGAGGUUUGAUCUACAAUACCUAAGUUUACAUGGCGACGGAAGAAUUGGUAUUCCGUUUAACGCCCUCCAAAAUCUGUUUUCCUUGGAUAUGCUGGUUUUGGAGAACUUCGUUUUGCCUUAUUUGGAUAAUUCUAUUCCUUUUUACCUUCUGCCAAAUUUAAAAAUCUUGUCUCUUACCAACAUGAGUGUGGGGUUCUUUUCUUCAGAAACAUUUGUUAACCCUGCCUAUAAGCUCACAGACUUCCGGUUUGCUAAUAACCCACGCGUGAGUACUUUCCCCGUUGGAGCAAUGGCGCACUUGCAUCAUCUUAAAAAGCUGAGCUGGAAUGGAAAUAACAUGGCUAUUAUUCCUGCGCGCGCAUUCAAUGAUCUUACUCAUUUGCACACUUUGGACUUAUCCAAGAAUAAACUUCGGAUGUUGGAAGACAACUGUUUUUCUGGAGUGACCGAACAUUUGCGUUCUUUAGACUUGUCGGAGAAUGAAUUAACGACCAUUAUCAUUUUGCAAGAGUUUUCUAAAACAAGUUGGAAAAACCUAAAGAAAUUGAGUCUUUCGUUUAAUCACUUAGCUUUCCUAAACCACGGACUAUUCAUUACGAUGGAAAACCUGGAGCAUCUCGAUUUAUCCUCUAAUAAAUUCUCCGAAGUUCGUGCGUCCGAUUUCAAACACCUUACCCAUCUUGAGAGUCUAGAUUUGAGCGAAAAUAAUCUAGUCACUUUGAGUGUAGAGGCACUAACAUAUUCUAAACUGUUAAUGAAACUAGAUCUCCAAUACCAACGUAAUGGAACAAACACGCUGGAAUUCACAGAUAUUGAUCGACUGAAAGAGAAGCCUCGCGUCCAAAAACUUUACCUCUCGAACACGAAACUAUCAGAUUCCAACUUUUGGCAAAUUCUGCAACAUCUUCCACGCUUGUCGUACCUCCAUGCCGAUAAUUCCAGGUUGUCGAUGCUUACCCCGGAUGAAUUCAAAAACACAAAUCUGUCCUAUAUUUCGAUACGUCAUAACCAUCUCUUUAAAUUAUUCGACGGAACUUUUUCGGGACUAGAACAAACGUUAGAGACCAUAAACUUGCGAAACAAUCGUUUGAAUGGAGUCGAAGAAUGCGUUUUCAAACAUUUGAAAGUGCUGAAGUUUUUGGAUCUUUCUAGUAACCUCUUUGAUUGCACGUGUGGUUUGCAGUGGUUCUCCGAUUGGUUAAAGAUUCCCAAGCUAGGUCCGGCUUUUGACCAUUUAAUUCAUCGAUAUGAUAUUAAAUGCAACACGCCGUGGAAAUUCCACGAUCGAAACUUUGAAACAGUCAUGAAAAGUUUAGGGUGUGAAUCGAAGUCACCAAAAUCUUGCGCUCAGUCUACAGGCCAGGUUAUGUAUAAUUCCAGUCAAGAAAAUAUUUCCUGGAACUGGACAUUUACAUUGAUAAUGAUUGUUUCAGUGAUUCUCCCUGCCUUAUUCUUAUUUUUAGUCACCUCUCUUCUGAUUUCAAUGGUGAGAUCUGUUUAUAAAGAACACGCAUGUCGAAAAGCAAGAACGACUGUGUCAAACGUUCUUUAAUGGCCAAUAGAACAUUCGUGUAUGUACUUAUUUGCCAGACAGUGAGAUUUAGCAUACUUGUGUUUAUGUAAGACCAUCAAAGAUAAAUUAAUCGGUCAGUAAAAAUCAUAAAAUAACAACAAAGAAACAAGGCAUUCAAGGAUAGCUUAAUUGUCGCUCUAAAGUCAAAGAAAAUGUAACCUGAUGGCCACGAAUCAAAUGUUGUCUAUAAUAUCUCCUGUACCGCGCAGACCACCUCCUACCCUCUCUCCUACCCCACCAUACCCAAUUCCCAAAUAAUGUAGCACCCCCCCCCCUUUCUAGCCAGAUAAAAGUUGAUAAUAUUGUAGCCAUGCUUACAAACUGUUCACGAGAAUCUAAGAGCAGUAAUAUAGAUAAUUUAUUCAUGCUUAUUAUUAUAAACGGGAGUCUAUAUUAAUAUCAAAUGGGUUGCAGCUUAUCAAUCUGAAAAGUCUCCCGCUUAGGAUAAAUCUCUGCCAUUCUGUUACCCUUCAGUCAUAUUUCAUUUGACUGAAUGGCAAAGCUUCUUCCCGUAUCUAUCUGCGUUAACUGAUUAAUAUGCAAAAUUUGAUUUUUGGGGAUCUGAAUUCAAAUAGGAAAUUCUUAUGUGCUCAUACAGCUCUCCUUUACUAAUUUUCAAUCAAAAGUUCAAAAUUAUCAAAUUGUCACACCAUUAAUAAAAUUAAUGUUUGAUUUUUCUUUGACCUUUAUCUCUCCAUUUCUCUCAUUAAUUCUCUCAUUAAUUCUUCAUUAAUUUGUCAUGGAAAAUGUCAAAUAAUAGAAGCCAAUUUCACAGA